AUGUUCUUCCUCCUUCGCUACAUUCUCUAUUUCCUAGGCUUCUACUUCGUCACCAUGUUAUCCUGCUUCGCUCUCUAUACCUAUCUUCCGAAGCCUCCCAAAAUCCUCGGUUUCGUCGCGCGCACCAUGGCCGCCUAUCUGAGCCUCAUAGCCUGCGCAGCGUAUGGCACAAUUUCCUCUGCUGUCCUCCGAGUCUUUGGUCUACAUUUUGCAUAUGCACAAUGGACGACAGCGAAAGCGUUUAAGAAUCUUUGCACCUACACAGUGGGGGUGAAAUUCGACAUCUUGGACAACGGCUACGAGAUCCUAAACAACACCCGCCCCGCCGUCUUCAUCCUCAACCACCAAACAGAGCUUGAUGUACUGCUACUAGGCUGGAUAUGGCCAAAGUACUGUUCCGUCACGGCCAAGAAGUCACUCCGCAACGUCCCCUUCCUAGGCUGGUUCAUGACGCUCUCGGGCACUGUUUUCAUUGAUCGGGUGGACAGAAGUGCAGCCUUGAAGGCUUUCGAGGGUGCUGCCAGGACCAUGCGAGAGAAGAGACAGAGCGUUGUCAUAUUUCCCGAGGGAACGAGAAGUUACUCGGUGGAGCCGAUGCUGCUCCCAUUCAAGAAGGGGGCAUUCCAUCUAGCUGUGCAGGGUGGUGUACCUAUUGUCCCGAUUGUGGCAGAGAACUAUAGCAGUGUGUUGAGCCCCAAGGCUAAGAGGUUCAAUGCUGGAACAAUCCGAGUCAAAGUGCUUGAUCCUAUUCCUACAAAUGGCCUCACGGCCGCGGACGUUGAUAAACUAACACAAGAUACUCGUGAAAGGAUGCUCAAUGCCAUCAUAGCCAUGGGUAAAGACUCGGAGUCACGAUCUGUACAGAACAAGAAGGACUCGUGA